ACAGGUUCGGCAUCUCGCCUGGCAACCUUGACCGGUCAGUAUGGCGGCUUCCAUGGCUUCUGCUGCCGCGAACAGCAAAGACGAUGACGACGAGGUUGUUCAAGAGCUGGACGUGUACAUAUCAAAGGCCCUGGCCGACAACCUCUACCUCCUUCAGUAUCCACAUCGGUUGGUCGGCCGCUCCUACAAUGAGGACCACUGCGUUGCUGCAAGAGUUAAGCCAAAACAGCACAAGGUGGAGCUAGAGUUUGCCCUCGACACGCAUGACUCAAGCUAUGACAGGCUGCGUGGCGAACAGUUUGCUGCCAAUGCAGAUGGCAGCGGGGGUCGUGCCACCGAUCAAAAGCCGCUUUUGAAAAGUACCCUGAUGGACAGGCAGCUUCUGACGUCAACAAAGUCGACAAGCUCUGCUGAAAACUAUGCUGUCGGGAUUCUCAGGCCAGGUGAACUUCACCUGUCCCCUCUCAGUGCAAUUGUGCAAAUGAUGCCGUCGUUUCCUCACCUGGACCAGUCGGACAAGAAGGCUAAGGCAGCCGAAGCAGCCACUGAAGAGGAGGAAGAGGUUGACGAGCCAAAGGCAGUCACCGUACGGUUUGCCAACCAGGAGACAGACCGUGCCAAGAAGGCCCGUGAGAAGUCAUUCCGUUUCAUCCACCAGAAGCAGGAAAGCGAGCCAUGGGUGGAAGCAAUGUAUCACAACUUUGGGUCCGAGAUGUCCGGCGUCGAAAGGGCGAUGCUCGUCUGCCCACAGAUGGACCGGGACGAGUCGGAGCUGCCCAAGACGCUUCAGGACUACUUCCAAGACCUUGUCAUAGAGAACGCCAGCACAAAGGCACCUGUCAAAAACUCGCAGGAGGUCUCGAUGCAUGCACUGAGCAGGCUCCCAAUCCAAGACCUUAUCAAGGCUGUUCUUAUGAGUGCUAAAGUUGUGGAUUUUGCAAAGCUCAUGUCAGCACUGCCCCCGAAGUCGGACGCAACAUCUGUCGUGCGGUUUCUGCAGCAGGUGGCACUGCUCGUGCAAGGCUGUUGGGUGGUCAAGAGUGAUGUCCUCUAUCCAAAGGAUAGCUUCAGCGCUAAGACAGGCGUUCCAGCUGACACGAUGUGCCGAGCACGUGACUUUUUGAUGUUCCUCUUCACUCAGUCAAGGUUUGUCACACAGGCCAAGUUUGCCGACACUGUGAGGCUCCCUGUGACAGACGUCAAAACACUUCUAGAGGAGAUGGCAAAGCCAACGCCAGACGGCUGGGAGUUUAUGCUGCCUUAUGAUCGAGAUUUCAUAGCAAAGUAUCCAGACGUGGUCCAGAGGCAGAAGAUGCUCUGGGAUGCCAAGCAGCAGUUCCUUUCAAAGUCAUUCCGGCUUUCGCGCCAGGAGGCCCAAGACACGUUGAUGCAGUCGCCGCCAGCCGGCACGAAAGGUCGGCAGCAGAAGAGACGAGCGCGUUCGCGCAACGACUCGACGGCCAGCGACGGCAGCGGUUCAGACAGUGGCUUGAUGACCAACGGACAGGACGUGCUGUCUAAAGCCAGCGGUUCCGUGUUGUCAAAGGCUGCCAGUCCUGCCACAAAGUUAAGCAAAGCGUCAAGGUCAUCCACCACAUCAUCAGCAAAGGCAGCUCACUGACAAGUAAUAGCCGCUCAUCACGCAGCUUGCACAAAGCACUCAUGGUUUGUACCAACAAAAGGGCAAACUUGCAUCAUCAGUCUCAUCUACAGCCUUGGCAUAUUUUCCUAUUUAUUCGGUGGUUUUUUUCGUUCAGCAACGAGAACCCCCGCUGUUUUCAAGAAGACCAUUUCUCUGGGAAGCGCACGGUCCUAAUGUGAUUAGGGUCGAGCAAUAAAAUGAACUGUUUAUUACAAGUG